AUGGACGUCUAUCCUCCGCAGUACAUCGAGCACAACCUGCCCUUCGUCGUCCUCUCCGGCCUGGGCGAGACUCCGUCCUACGAUUCUGGAUACGAGCCCCAUCCGCUGCUGAAAGGACACGGCAUCGAGAUUGACUCAGCCGUGCCGGUUGUGACGGGCGAACGAGUCGACCAUUUGCGCCAGGAAUUCCUCAGCGCAGAUGCAAGAGACGCGCCAUGGAAUAACCUGCGGACAAGGACACGGAACGAUCAUAUUGGGUUCAGACUGAAGGCUGUCGGGAGGGGCUACGUACUGCCUCCCCGCAAAGCGCAACCUCCCCAGAUCUCCCCCGAUGAGACUCCUCCUGGCUCUCCGCUCCCCGCUAAUGGCCAACGAUGGGUCCUGCAUUCGCCCAUAUCCCCGCUUUCCCCCGGCUCGCCCACUUUCCCCGACGGCGUUAUGACACCUCUCUGGAUUGCUAAACAUCAGAACCAUAUACCCUCAGUCUUCAUCUCCUUCUUCGACUUCACCUCCGAGCCUGGCAGAGAUACCUUGAACGACAACCAGCUUAAGGCAGAGAUCAACCGCAUAAAAGCCAUCUUCCAUUCCUCUGGAUACAAGACACAUUAUGCCGUCGUUCUUAUGAGUGAUCGGUCCAUCUUCGAAGCGCCAGACAUCGAGGAACGGCUUGCGAACAUUCGGCGAACCACCGGACUUGACCCCAAGAAUGCUCUCUUUUUCCUGCCCGCCAAUACAUCUCGUGCAGAACUGGCCGCUUUCGUUCAGUCCGUCUUGACCACCUUGCAACCUCUUUGUGUAGAAUAUUACCGCGACCUGUCCAAGCAUGCGAGGCGGAAGAAGAACCGCAACAGCGUUCCGGCGCCAACGGCAGCGCCCACCCGGGGAGCCUCUCAUCCUCUUUCCGGCCCGGGCUGGAGCGUGAGAUACGACUUCAAGCUCGGAGUAUUUGCUGAAUUCCGACAAGAGAUGGACGCGGCAUGCAGACAUUACAGCUUCGCCAUCGAUGCUCUCUUGGAUGGUGAUGGAGUGUUUGAAACAACAGCCAGCUGGUCACCGCGCUGGGAUGACACUCGACUGCUUGCCGACGGUAUCGCAAUACGCAUAGUAAGGUGCUUGAUGUGGAACAACGGGCCUACAUCUGCAGUGCAGUCUUGGCAGAACUACAAGGACCGAAUGCGUGACCUCCUUGACCGGCGUGGCAAAGGUACUGCCAAUUACGGUUGGCAGGCCUGGGAAUCGAGAUGGGCUAGGGUUAUGGCGGAGAUCAUCCAAAGAGUGGACCCACCGAUCUUCGCCAUCGUUGGCUCGCCUGAGUUUCCUGAUGCUCUGCCAGAGAGGAAAGCUAUUUACUCACCGCCGGAGAAAGCGUUCCCCGUUGGCGAGAGGCUGGCCCCGUGGCAUCUAGUUCACCAUCCGGGAUAUUGGUUCAGAGUUUCUGCGGAAAGGGCCAUUUCUAGGCGAAGACUGGCGGAGGAACUCCCAGAGGAAGAUCGUCUGCCUCCCGGAAUGUCUCCUGCGACAAAGGUCGCAAACAGAUUCGCUACGUAUGACACCUAUCUGGUACCUGAGCCACACGUUGAAUACCCUAUCCCUGACAAGGGUGGCGAGGGAUUUGAUCACACUGGUGAAGUCGUGGAUUUGUUCAACAAAGCGGUUGGGGAGUUCCACGCUCGAGGCCAACAACGAUUUGUCGACAAACUUCAGUUGGACAUGGGUAAAGAGCUUAUCCACGCGGCGAGGUACAGCGACGCCUUGAGCGCUCUAAAGCCACUAUGGGAGGGCAUGAGCUGGCGCAACGAAAGGUGGUGGACGCUUGUCUCGGAUGUCGCAUGGGCAUUGAACGACUGCGCAGAGAAAUGCUCAGACGAGGAGUCCUUUCUGGUGACUGAAUUCGAGUUGCAAAGUCGCUUAUUACGUCCAAAGCAGGGCAAGACCUAUGAUUUCAUGACUUGUCUGGACUCCUUUGCUCAGGCUGAAGGAGCAGAGAAGCCUCGCGUCACCUUGAGAGCCCAGGAUGUUUUGUCGUGCAUCUCCAUCACGGCUGAAUUCGCUGUAGUCGAGGGGCAUGUCGCCGAACCAAUCCUGACGCAGAUCGCCGUGAGAUCCAAUGCCCAUAAAGGUUCAAAGCCAAUCACCCUAGACAACCUUACGGUAGCAUUCACUGGCUCUCUUGGCUCGAUCAAGCUACAACACCAGCAGAAUGAGAGCGGGCCGUCACCGCUCACAGAGCUUGCCUUGGCAGAGGAUGAAGAACACAAAGCCGGAAACAUACCAAGCUUCAAGGGCAGUGCCGAUCUGACUUUCUCCGCUGGCGAGGUCAGAGUGUUCACUUUUCCAAUUACCUUCAAGGAGGCCGGGGAAGUCUAUGUCGAGAGUGCCACGUUUGAGAUAGACACCGACAGAUUCCACCUCACAUACACUACGGAAUCGCCACAGGAGAACACGGAGCCCAUUUGGUGGGUCAUGGGGAAGAACGACUUGAAGACGAAAAGGCUGGGCAGGAUCAUGGACGAUCCGGCCAUCAAGGUCUUGCCAAAACCACCGAAGAUGGAAAUCCGGCUACCCAACCUGCAGAAGCGAUACUACGCCACCGAGCUUAUCAUUCUGGAGCUGGAAAUCGAGAAUGGUGAAGACGAAGAAGCGGAAGCGGCUCUUGAGUUCGUCUUGAUGGACCAGCAGAAGAACCCGCUCGAAUUCAGGUGGCUUGUCUCAGAUGCUGAUGCAGCGAGCGAGGAGGAGCAGUCUGAUAAAUCUGUCCAUGCCAUUGGGAAAAUGGAACCAGGAGCGAAACGCACGCAAAGUAUUCGCUUCACGGCACCUAUCGAUUCAGGAGAGGUGUUGUUUGACGCCAAGGUCAUCUACCAUGUCAUUAGCGACCCGGAAGUGCCCAUCUCGAAGACAAUCGUCGGAGAGCUUGCCAUCAUAGAUCCUUUCGAGGCUACCUACGAUUUCACACCUCAAGUCCACCCGGAUCCCUGGCCGAGUUUCUUCCACAUAGACGAUACACAACUGCCAGAAGCAUCUACGGACCCGGCUACGGUGAGGGCAUUUGGCUUGACGGCGAGAUAUCUUAUGAACGUCAGAAUCGGCUCUUACGCAGAAGAAGACCUUGUAAUCCACGACGCAGACCUCACUAUCCACGAGAUCGCAGGCGGUGCCAUAGCCAGCAUAACCAAAAAGACGGUCGGCGAGGCCGAGGUCGACAUAGCACCGCAAGCAGUCCAGCUCCGCACGUUCUGCGUCGACGUACAGAAGAUAGCGCUCGAGGACCGGCGGUCGUCAGCGCUGGCGACGAGCAUCAGCGUAACGUGGCGCCGCAAGAAGCCCAUGUCGCAGCAUCCGGAGGCUUCGAGCAGCGUGCGCACCGUCAUCGCCAACCCGCGCCUCAUCGCGGCCAAUAGCGAGCCGCGCGUGCUCGCGUCAGCGCGGCCGUCGACGCAGUUGCCUACGCUCAUCCAUCUCGACUACACGCUCGAGAACCCGACGAUGCACUUCUUGACGUUUGACGUGAGCAUGGAGGCCAGCGAAGAGUUCGCGUUUAGCGGACCGAAGCUCACGGCGCUCCAUGUGCUGCCGCACAGCAGGCAGACGGUGAGGUAUAACGUGCUGCCCCUGGUCAAGGGCGCGUGGAUCUACCCGCAGCUCAGGGUGCAGGACCGCUACUUCAACAAGAUCCUCAAGCCUGCGCCGACUGAAGGCAUGCGCCAGGAUAAACGGGGCAUCGCGGUUUGGGCUGACGUUGCAGAGGAGGAAAGCGGCGAGAAGUGA